AUGUUGCAGUAUUUGUUUGUUAUUGCAUUGGUCCUGUGGAUUGUGGUGUUCAGGUAUAGAAGGAGAAGGAUGUAUAAACUUGCCUCCAUGAUACCGGGUCCAAAAGAGGAGUUGCCUAUAAUAGGUGUAGCGCACACACUAGUGGGAAAUACUGAGGAUAUAAUGGCUUCGUUGCAGAACUUCAGUUAUUCAGCAAUAGAAAACGACGGCAUAAUAAGAGGAUGGCUCAAUCAUAUUCUUUAUUUCGUCGUGGUGGACCCAAUAGAUCUGGAAAUGGUGUUGAAGACAUGUCUAGAGAAAGAUGACCUGCAUCAGUUCAUUAGGAAGAUUAUAGGCAAUGGUGCCAUAUUUGCUCCAGUUUCCAUCUGGAGAAGACGGCGAAAAAUCUUAGUACCAGCUUUUAGUCCGAGAAUAGUGGAGAACUUCGUGGAGGUAUUUGCUGAGCAAAGCACGAAGUUGACCAAACGACUGGCAAAACAUAUUGAUAAUGGUCCAUUUAGUCUAUGGCCAUUUCUUAGCACCUAUACAUUAGACUCGGUAUUUGAUACAGCAAUGGGUGUUAAAAUAAACGCCCAAGAUAAUCCAGACUCUCCAUUUUUGAUGUGUAUGAAUCGUAUCUUAAAUCUGGUUUGCGAGAGAAUAUUUCAUUUGUGGUUGCAACCAGAUUGGCUAUACAAACUGUUCCCACAGUAUAUCGAGCAUCAGAAGUGCUUGAAGGAAAUGCAUGAAUUUACCGAUCAGGUUAUUAAACGGAAAAGAAAAGAAAUCAAGACAGAAUGUGAAUUUAAGUCUAAAGGCGAAAAAAUGUAUGAUUUAAAGGAUUACCGGCGUAAAACAUUUCUGGAUUUAUUAGUGACACUUUCCGGUGGUGAGCAGGGCUAUACUGACGUGGAGUUGAGAGAAGAAGUACUCACCCUUACAGUAGCUGGUACUGACACUUCCGCAGUUGCCUCCGGAUAUACUCUUAAGCUAUUGUCCAUGUACCCUGAUGUCCAGGAAAAAGUCUAUAAAGAGUUACUUGAAGUAUUCGGUGACUCCGAUCGUCCAGUAGUUAAAGACGACUUGCCUAAGUUGAAAUACUUGGAGAGAGUAGCAAAGGAAUCAUUAAGACUUUUCCCUCCGGUUCCUUUUAUUAUUAGAAAGGUCUUGGAAGAUAUUACGUUACCUUCAGGACGUGUCCUACCCGCUGGUUCUGGUGUAGUGGUCUCUAUAUGGGGGGUACAUCGCAAUCCCAAGUAUUGGGGCCCAGACGCAGAGCAUUUUGAUCCCGAUAGAUUCCUACCGGAAAGGUUUAGUCAAAUACAUCCUGGCAGUUUCAUGCCAUUUAGCAGUGGUCCUAGAAAUUGUCCUGGAUAUCAAUAUGCCUUGAUGUCAAUGAAGACCGCAUUAUCCACUAUCCUCAGAUCUUACAAAGUAGUAGGAGAGUGUGAGACUACAGCCAUACCCCGGAUCCGAGUGAAAAUUGAUAUUAUGAUGAAGGAUAUUGACGGGUACCAAGUAUCGUUAACCAGACGAGUACCGUAUAACGAAUCCACAAAAUAUGAACAAAAUUCAAAAUAA